AGGCAGCCUGCUGGUGACACUUUCCCCCAAAUUGUAGCUUUGACUCUCGGAGAUGGGGCAGGCAGUCGUAGGGUGAAGCGAUACACUCGAGCGGCAAAGAUUGUUGUGCGAGCAAAGUGUCUCUAGUUGAAGCUUCUCCCACACGGACGGUCACCGAGGAUAUUUCAGGCUGUGUGUGUUGGGUAAAUAAAGAUCAGACUUCGCUCUCCAAAACCUCAGUGCGGCGCGCACGAACAAGAGGAACAAGGACUCGUGACUGCGCUUGAUACUGUUUCCACGAGCUAGAUGGGACUAAAUAAAUCCGUCACUGAAUGACAUGAAAUGCGGCCAGUGUUGACUCGAGUGUGUCAUUCGGGAGGCGGAAUUGAUCUUGAGUGAAUCCCAACGCAGUGCGGCGGACAGACCGGAGCGACCGGGCCAGAGGGGCGAAACAUUAUUGUCUGCUAUUCUGCUUUCUUUCAAAUUCUAGAGGCGAGAAAGAAGUGAGAUAACAUUUUUUUAUCUUUACAGCCGACACGCUGACGUAUUGGACUGACUUUUCCAAGAGGUCACACUCUGAAGAACAACGUGUUUAUGGAUUGCUGCGCAGCGAGGAACACCCGGAGUUGUAGGCUACGCUCUCGUGCGUCGAUCAUGUUGAUACCUCGCUGUUGCUGUGAACUUUGAUAGAUGUUUAAAGCAAAAAAAAACUCAGUAUUAUAGACACGCGAUUUAAAAUAAAUACGCGCAGAUAAGCUCAGAUUGACCUCUGGAGGAAGCGCUUUUUUCGCCCUCCCUCGGGUUUUUUUUCUCUCCCAAGACUUCAGGACGGAUCCUUAUCACUCAGUCUCUCCUUCUGUGAUUUAAACAAAGACCGAAGUGUUUGGGGAUAGCAUGGCAAUGGUAGUAAACCAGUGGCCAGAGAACAUUUCUGCAGAUCCGGGGUCUCAGCUCCAGAUAUGCAGCCAGGAGCCCGGCGGGGCACCGGGAACCCCCAACGGUUCCACCCCAGGGAACGACGCACUUUCCGGGGACAAGAUCCCCAACGUGGACUGCAUGGUGUGCGGGGACAAGUCCAGUGGGAAGCAUUACGGGCAGUUCACCUGCGAGGGAUGCAAAAGCUUCUUUAAGCGCUCGGUGAGGCGGAACCUCUCGUACACCUGCCGGGGGAACCGAGACUGUCCCAUCGACCAGCACCACCGGAACCAGUGUCAGUACUGCCGGCUGAAGAAGUGCCUGAAAGUCGGCAUGAGAAGAGAGGGUAAGACCAUAGCUGUACAACGAGGACGUACAUCAAACUCCCAGAGCAGCCCAGGACAGUACCUGACCAAUGGCACCGACCCGUACAACGGCCAGCCCUACCUAUCCGGCUUCAUUUCUCUGUUGCUGCGCGCAGAGCCCUACCCCACAUCUCGCUAUGGGGCCCAGUGCAUGCAGGGAAACAACCUGAUGGGCAUUGAGAACAUCUGCGAGCUGGCGGCCAGGCUGCUCUUCAGUGCUGUUGAGUGGGCCAAGAACAUCCCUUUCUUCCCCGAUCUGCAGCUCAUGGAUCAGGUGGCGCUGCUGCGCAUGUCAUGGAGCGAGCUCUUCGUCCUCAACGCCGCCCAGUGCUCCAUGCCGCUUCAUGUGGCUCCUCUGUUGGCAGCGGCGGGCCUGCACGCAUCGCCCAUGUCAGCGGAGCGCGUGGUGGCCUUCAUGGACCACAUCCGUGUCUUCCAAGAGCAGGUGGAGAAGCUGAAGGCCCUGCAGGUUGACACGGCUGAAUAUUCCUGCCUCAAGUCCAUCGUGCUCUUCACAUCUGAUGCUAUGGGGCUGUCAGACGUUGCCCACGUGGAGAGCAUCCAGGAGAAGUCCCAGUGUGCCCUGGAGGAGUAUGUAAGAAACCAGUACCCCAGCCAGCCAAACCGCUUUGGACGUCUCCUCCUCCGCCUGCCUUCCCUGCGCAUCGUCUCUUCUCCGGUCAUCGAGCAGCUGUUUUUUGUUCGCCUGGUAGGCAAGACACCCAUUGAGACACUGCUCCGUGAUAUGCUGCUCUCAGGCUCCAGCUACAACUGGCCCUACAUGCCCACCGUGCAGCGCGACCGACCCAUCUCCCUCCACUACAAUGAGAACGGGCCCUGAGGUGGAGAGACAGACGGAGGAGAAGCUGCGGGAGAAAUACAGGCUGAACGUCCAUCUGACUACUCAUCCAUCCAUUCUUCCUUCAUUCUCUGCGUUCAACUUUUCAGCUUUUCCAGAGGAAGCAUCUCCCUCACCAUUCCGCUCACAAACCCUGGUCGACGAUAUAGUCCGUUACCAUCCCGGUUACUCAAGCCAGCCAAUCAUUUACCAUGGCCAUUGCAGAGACUUGGUGGUCCCUCAGCUGACGGUGCAGUCUACAUUUGAGAUGUGGCACGAGAUGGACAAGUUGGUAGAACGGGUUAUUGCAGUUCACCAGCAGGUCUGUUGGACUCACUUCAGAUUUGAGUCUCAAACCCCAUGAAAACAGGGGCAGCAUAAGACAAAACAUUUGCUUUACUGUUGGUGCUAUGCCUACAUUUCCAGAGGCUGCGCAAAAGCAUCUUAGUAUGGUGAAUACUGAGCAAGGGCUUUGCCAAUGGGACUCUACAACCAAGAGCACAAGGCCCGUUGUAUACUUCCCAAUUUUUAAAAAGAAAGCCAGAAGCCAUUAAAAAAAAUGACAAAUGCCAAAAUGUCUUGGACUUUUGCAGAGGACAUGUUUUAAUGUGUGUGUUUGUAUUAGCACUGUUUAUAUGGAGAGAGAAAAAGUCAUGAUUGUGUCCAUAUGUACAGUAUAUCGUUGAUUCAUUGGCAUCUAAAGCAUAUUAGGGUAAAGCUCAGGUUCAAAGGGUGGGGAGACAGACAGACAGACAGAUAGACAGACAUGCCAAUAUCAGUACAAGAACAAAAAGACAAACCCACUAAAAAUUUACACUUAUCAGCAGCCUGUGCCAAAGCUGGAAAAAGCAAAUUGUUAGGAUAUUUUUGUGGUAGUGUUGGUUUAAUGUUUGGUUUGUCUAUAAUUUGACUAUAUAAUUGUUUUGGGGUCUCAGGGGGAGAGAAGGAGUUGGUAAAAAAA